AUGUCUGCGCUCUAUGAGGACUUUUACCACUGCAAGGGGAAUUGGUCAAAGAGCUUAGUCCUCAAGACGAUAAGGUCCUCAACGCGCAACACCCGCCGCGGUGUUAGACGUUGGCUCACGAAGCCGCAGAUGCUCCCGCUCUUCGGGGGCGACGCCGAGGUCGUCAAUUCGAUCAUACUGAGAAAGGAGAUGGAUGAUGAGCUCCGGGCAAAGGAAAUCCGUCACCACCCGGAGCUUCCAGGACUUCUCCAGUAUCUCGUUUUGGUGGAGGAUGAAGAGUGUGGGGAGUUUGUCGACGAGAUCUCUGACUUGUUCCAAGCGGAGGACAGGCAGGAGGAAGGAGAUGAUUCAGAGGAAGAGAGUGACAGCAGCAAGGAUGAUGAGAGCAGCGACCGCAAAGCCAAGAAGGAUAAGAGGGCUAAGGACAAGAAGAAAGAAAAAAAGGCGAUCCACCACUAG